AUGAUGCACGUGAAGAUUGUGAAAGCAUGGUUGAAGAAAAAGAGACAUACGAAUGGAAUUGUACCGUGGUUAAGAUGUGAAACAUGGGGAUUCUGCUGGAUAUCGUCAUCCAAUCAUGAAGACGGUGAAGAAGACUGCAUACCAAGGGAUGUCCCAAAGGGUCAUUUGGUAGUUUAUGUAGGUGAAAACCAAAGCAGGUUUGUAAUCAAUGUGAAACUACUAAAGAACCCUUUGUUCAAUGCCUUACUAGAUCAAGCUCAAGAAGAAUAUGAUUUCGCUGCUGAUUCAAGACUCUAUAUCCCAUGCCAUGAGGACAUUUUCCUCAGUGUGGUUCAAUGUGCAAAUGAUCGACAAUCCACUUUCUGCCUUUGAAUUUUGAGUGGAUU